UCCGCAUUGGUUCGAAAUUUAACUUGCUUCAUAAUUUUAAGGACCAUUAACGGUUGUCUAUUCCCUACAAUGUUCCAACUGCCGUUAAUUAUCAUGCUCGAAAUUGUCUCACCAGAAUCACGCAGUCGAAUAAACGGGAUAGUGCAUUGUUUCUGGACUUUCGGACUUUGCUUAUUGGCUCUCAUUGCAUUCCUCACAAGAAGCUGGCUAUCACUAAGUAUCACAACUAGCUGUAUUGCUCUUAUUCCUUUCCUUUAUUUAAGAUUUUUUCCCGAAUCGCCAAGCUGGUUAAUAACAAAUCAGCGAUAUGGAGAGGCGUUAACAAUUGUGAAGGGAAUUAGUGAAAAGAAUGGGAAAACCAAAGAUUCAGCUACUCUGAAGGCACUGAUUGAGAAACUGGGUGAAAGGUGCAGGACGAAGCAGGAAGUAGACAUAAAACACUCUACUUUGGAUAUCCUGAAGUAUUCUAAGUUGAGGAAAAUAUUUAUCACACUCAGCAUCAUGUGGGCAACUGUGUAUCUAGCUUACUAUGGUCUUCAAUUGAACAUAUAUAACUUAAUGGGAAACGAAUUCGUUAACUUUUCCAUUCUCUCACUGGCAGAAAUACCUGGAUGUAUUAUAUGUUGGUACAUGCUAGAUCGCUUUGGAAGAAGGUUUACUUUAGCUACCAACUUCAUUUUCAUGGGAUUGGCAUGCCUUUUGCCUUUAGCAGAGCAUUUAUAACAAAUUCAUUCCUUUUAUGACGAUUGGGAUUCUCUGCUUAUUGGCUGCUGUCGUAUCCACACUACUACCGGAAACGUUAAAUAAAAACCUGCCUCAGACUAUUAAUGAUGCUAAAGAAUUUGGGAAGAAUCAAAAAUUUUUUGCACUCAACAGAAAGAAACCGCAAGUCGGAGAAGAAAAAGAAAUGCAAAAUUUAACACAGCUGAUUUAAGUCUGGAAUAUAUUACAAUGGAAAAAAAUUGUGUCUUCCUUCUGCUCUAAAAGUUGAAAACAUCAAAUAUUUGACACCGAAAAGAGAUACUAUUUUCUACCUUAGCUCCCUAUUUUUCGACCUACAUUUUGUACUCUUUUCAUAAGAUAUAAAACUCAAAAAGUAA